GCUGUGUCAUGUGGAUCGGCGAGGAGUGGUGCGCACGUGGAAGCGAGGACCCAGAUCGCUUGCAUGAUGGCUAGUGUGUGAAGUACUUGCUGUGCGGUGGCCAGCUGGCCUUCCUCGUGACAGCGCGAAUCGCGAACUCGCAAGCAUUGUGUGCAGUGGAUGACAAUUGUCGCGCCCUGCUGCAUGGAUCUAACAGUGCUAAUUAUUUGCGCGAGAACUAGUGCACAAACUGUACUCCGGUGCUCCUUCGCGUCGAAAUUCGCAUGAAGGAGGAGUGAGUCGUCACCACCGGAGCCGCGCUUGACAAACGUGACCCAGAGGAGUGCAGUCUCUUCCCUUCACCAUGGAGGACUCUAUGAUGGCGGACGUGGACCCGGAGACGCUGCUGGAGUGGCUGCAGAUGGGGCAGGGCGAGGAGCGCGACAUGCAGCUCAUCGCCCUCGAGCAGCUGUGCAUGUUGCUGCUCAUGUCCGAUAACGUCGACAGGUGCUUUGAAAGCUGCCCGCCAAGGACCUUCCUGCCAGCCCUCUGUCGCAUCUUCCUGGACGAGUGCGCGCCAGACAAUGUCCUAGAGGUGACAGCGCGCGCCAUCACCUACUACCUCGAUGUGUCCGCCGAGUGCACCCGCAGGAUCACCACCGUCGAGGGCGCCAUCAAGGCCAUGUGCAACCGCCUUGUUGUUGCUGACGUCACAUCCAGGACGAGCAAGGACUUGGCUGAACAAUGUAUAAAGGUCCUGGAACUGAUUUGUACCCGGGAGGCAGGUGCCGUGUUCGAAGCCGGCGGCCUGAACUGCGUCCUGUCCUUCAUCCGCGACAAUGGCCACUUGGUCCACAAAGACACCCUGCACUCGGCCAUGCAUCUGGUCUCGAGGCUGUGCGGGAAGAUGGAGCCCGCCGACCCCGGCCUGGCCCCCUGUGUCGAGUCGCUGUCCACGCUGCUCCGGCACGAGGACCAGCAUGUUGCAGAUGGAGCUCUCCGCUGUUUUGCUUCUCUGGCCGAUCGGUUCACUCGCCGUGCUCAGGACCCUGCUCCCCUUGCACAGCACUGCCUUGUUACACACCUUCUAGCUCGCUUGGCUGGUGCAGCACCCCAGCCUGCUCCAGGGGCUGCUGCUGCUGCUCCAGGUGCACCUGCUGCCACGCCAGAAAACUCAAAGACAUCUGCAUCUGUCUCCACUGUGAUCUCCCUGCUCUCCACACUUUGUAGAGGCUCACCCAGUAUUACUCAUAAUCUGUUGAGAUCUGAACUACCUGAUGCCAUAGAGAAAGCCCUACAAGGAGAUGAGCGCUGUGUGCUGGACACCAUGCGCUUAGUAGACCUAUUGCUGGUGCUGCUUUUUGAAGGGCGGAAAGCCCUGCCAAAGUCAGGGAUGAGCACUGUGGCAAGCCGUCUGCCAGGGCUGAGGCGAAUGGACAGUUCUGGAGAGAAGACCCAUCGUCAGCUUAUAGACUGCAUUAGAAGUAAAGAUACAGAUGCUCUCAUAGAUGCCAUAGACAGUGGGGGUAUCGAAGUGAAUUUUAUGGAUGAUGUGGGUCAGACCCUCCUCAACUGGGCAUCAGCAUUUGGUACUCAGGAGAUGGUGGAGUUCCUUUGUGAAAGAGGUGCUGAUGUUAAUAAAGGCCAAAGAUCAUCCUCUCUUCACUAUGCAGCAUGCUUCGGCCGCCCACAAAUAGCCAAAGUUUUAUUGCGUCACGGUGCAAACCCUGACCUCCGGGAUGAAGAUGGGAAAACUCCCUUAGAUAAAGCAAGGGAAAGAAACGAUGAAGGUCACAGAGAGGUUGCAGCCAUCCUGCAGAGUCCAGCUGAAUGGCUAGUAGUGGCAGAUGGAAAGUCUACUAUCUCCUCACAGGAUAAGAAAACGGUAGAAGAGGGAAACAGUGCAAAUAUUGAAGGCGAGGCAGAAAUUGGCGAACCACGUGGUGAUGUGGAAAUGGCACCAGUGUACCUCAGUCGUCUUCUUCCUGUGUUCUGUCACACUUUCCAAGCCACAAUGGUCCACACAGUUCGGAAGGCUUCGCUUAGUAUUUUAAGAAAGAUGGUACAUUAUAUACCUGCACCACUGCUUCAUCAGGUUUGUGGUGGUGAGGGGACAACAAUCAGCACAAGCACUAACAAUAUCAAUGCAAGUACCAGCACUGCCAACACCCUUCUGGGCUCGCAGUUAGUAGAGGUCAUUGCUCUUGUCCUUGGCAAUGAGGAAGAUGAAGAUGGUCACCUGGUGGCACUGCAGAUGGUAGAUGACCUCUUGAGCAAGGCUGCCCCUUUGCUGUUGGAACACUGUGCUCGUCUGGGGGUCAUCAGUAAAGUAGGGUCAUUGGCAGGCCCAUCUGACCCGCCCAUUGAAGAAUAUAGCUCAAAGGGCAAGGAUGAUCAGGAGCAGCUCACGCUUGGUGAACUCCUUACAAGCAGUCACUUGUUUGGACUUCAUCGUAAGGAGGGAGACGAGCCAGGUAUGGAGGAUGCCAAGGAGGUGGUUCCUGGGAAGGCCUACCACUGGCGGGACUGGUGUGUGGCCCGGGGAAGAGACUGCCUCUACAUUUGGAGCGAUGCAGCUGCACUAGAGCUGUCCAAUGGAUCAAAUGGCUGGUUCCGCUUCAUCCUGGACGGGAAGCUGGCCACCAUGUACUCGUCGGGGAGCCCUGAAGGGGGAUCAGAGAGCACAGCAGAGAACCGCAGUGAAUUUCUAGAGAAGCUUCAGCGGGCCAAGUCAGCUGUGAGACCAGGGAGCCCCAGCCAGCCUGUUUUGUCCACUCCAGGGCCUGCACGAUUGGUCAUUGGGAAUUGGUCUUUGCAGUGCAAGAAGGAGGGUGAGCUUCACAUCCAUAACUCCGAUGGUCAGCAACAAGCCACUAUCUUGAGGGAAGACCUACCUGGCUUCAUUUUUGAGAGUAACAGGAACACCAAGCACUCCUUCACAGCUGAAACGUCCCUAGGCCCAGAGUUCCAUGCUGGGUGGACAGGGCGACGAGGAAAGAGGUUCCGGUCUAAAGUGGAGGCAAUGAAACAGAAGGUCAAAGGUUUAGCCCGUGAUGUUUAUGAAAAAUACUUCAAAGCAGCACAGACACAGCCACGUGGGGUGGUAGCCAAAUUAGGAAAUAUUGUGGCACAAAUUGAAAGGGCAUGUCAGAAACAGGUUAGUAACAAGAACAGUGGAGAAUGGACCGAGAUCCUGAGAGCUGCAGUCGAGGACCUAGUCACCCUCCUGCGCGACGAAAGCACAGUCUCUGCCUAUGAGUUACAUUCUUCUGGCCUCGUUCAAGCUCUUCUAACGCUUCUCAGCCCAGGCACAGCUCAACAUAUCCCCGAAGACAACAGACAGGUUUCCCAGCGACGACUCAACAAGAUGAUCAAGCAGAGGAGAAAUGUCUUUAAGAGCUGCUUCAAGGACAAAGUAGAUGAAGAAACAGCCACAAUUAGCACUUCUGUAAGCCCUGGGACACAGCUUGUACGCAAACUGGUGUCAGUGCUAGAAAGUGCUGAAAAACUACCCUUGUAUAUAUAUGACAUUCCUGGAGCUGGCUCGGGCCUGCAGGUGUUGAGUAGACGUCUUAGAUUUAGACUUGAAAGAGCACCUGGAGAGAGCUCUCUGAUUGACAGGAAUGGAAGAACCUUAAAGAUGGAACCAUUGGCCACAGUUGAGCAACUUGAGCGAUACCUGCUAAAAAUGGUUGCAAAGCAGUGGUAUGAUUUUGAUAGAGCCUCCUUCGCUUUUGUCCGCAAACUGAAGGAGGGCCAGAAACUCACAUUUAAAUGCAACAGAGAUUUUGAUGAGAAUGGCAUUAUUUAUUGGAUUGGAACAAAUGCAAAGACUGCAUACGAAUGGGUCAAUCCAGCCUCUGUUGGCCUAGUGGUAGUGACAUCAAGUGAGGGGCGCAAUCUUCCCUAUGGACGUCUAGAAGAUAUACUUAGCCGUGACCCAUCAGCCCUGAACUGCCACACCAAUGAUGAUAAGCGAGCCUGGUUUGCUAUUGAUCUUGGUGUUUGGUUUGUGCCGUCAGCUUAUACUCUCCGACAUGCAAGAGGUUACGGCAGAUCAGCCCUUCGUAACUGGAUGUUCCAGGUUUCUAAAGAUGGCAUGACUUGGACAACCUUGUACACUCAUGUGGAUGACUGCUCGCUCAAUGAGCCAGGUAGCACUCACACAUGGUUCAUUCAGCCACAACAAGAUGAAAAGACUGGAUGGAGACAUGUACGUAUUCAGCAAACAGGUAAAAAUGCAUCUGGUCAGACCCAUUACCUCUCUCUCUCUGGGCUUGAGCUCUAUGGCACUGUCACAGGUGUUUGUGAAGAUCUUGGCAGAGCUGCCAAGGAAGCAGAGGCAAAUUUACGAAGGCAGAGGAGACUGGUUAAAUCACAGAUGGUGAAGCACAUGGUAGUUGGAGCACGUGUAGUACGUGGACUAGACUGGAAGUGGCGUGACCAGGAUGGCAACCCCCCAAGUGAAGGAACCAUUACAGGCGAACUUCAUAAUGGCUGGAUUGAUGUCACCUGGGAUCAUGGAGCCUCCAACAGCUACCGCAUGGGUGCAGAGGGCAAGUAUGAUCUCAAGCUGGCUCCUGGCUAUGAUCCUGAGUCUCCCCAGGUGUCCAUUGUGUCCACAGGCAUCAGUAGCUCAUCCAGCAACACCUCCACCACCUCUGCACCUGCUUCGUCAAUACCCACAAUCACCACAGCCAUAAAGACCACCAAGGUGGUAAGCACAGAAGUCAGCCAAGGUACAAGUGUACUCACAAGUCGCAAGUGUAGCUCGACACCUUCACUACCUCAGGCAACCACAGACACACACAAACACUCUGUGGCUGCAUCCGAGCAGGCAGCAUCUGAUGACAAUCUCACUGCAAAGGCUGCUGAGACAGUUGCAGAAAAUGUGCUGAGUGUGGCCAGUGCUGAAGCUCUACUGAGUGUGGAAGGCAGUGGGCGGGACAAAGGCUCUGAAUUAGCCACCCUAGUACAGUCACUCAGCCUGCAUGACCGUGACCUCACCUCUGAUUUCUCCGAUGCCAUGUCCUCUUUGGAGUCUGUGCUCAAUACCUCUGAUAUCAAAUCUGGUACGGAUGAUAUGAGUGAGGCCAUGACUGUUAUGGAUGUGGGGCUUCACCCAACUGCAGACAGCAGCAAAUCAGGCCACUUAGCCCAAGCAGGAGAAUGCCCGGCUGUGACUGUCAAUGAAGAAAAGCUCAGUGAGCUGGGCAACCUAGGGAUCAGUGGCAGUGUGAGCAGCAGCAGCAGCAGCAUUGGUGGUGUCAGCAGUAGCAGCAGGAAGCGAUGUGGGGGUGUUGUGACGGGUGAGGGUAAGAGGGACUGCACUGGGCGCUCCGCCAUGUCCUCACAGCCUAUGAGUGUUAGUGUGCCCAACCUGACCAGUGCUGAUUCUGAACCAUUGACACACAGUCUGCUGGAGACCUUUGCCCAGGUGGCCAGGCGGCGGGGGGGAUCAGCUACCAUGCCACCCGGCUCUGGGAUCUGUGGCAGUGGGGGGGUGGCACCCCAUGCUCCCAAUGUGCCUGCUAGUGUCACUAAUAUGCGCACAGGUUUAGGUCAGCUGAUAGGUGGGCCACCCCCGACCCUGGCUCAUCCAGUGUUCUCGCCCUCCACCCACUCCAUGUCCAGUCUGGUCCGUCUGGCCCUCUCCUCACACUUCCACCUCCCAGGAUCCGGGCUGCUGAGCACAGCGCAGAGCUACCCGACAUUGACCUCCAGCACCACCUCCACUACCUCCACCACUACCACGGGCGCUGCGGCUUCCUCCACCACCAACCAGCCCUCCACCAACCUAGCCACCUUCCCCCACGGCCUGACCAUGAGCCUCACCUCAACGUCCAGUGACUCGGAACAAGUUAGCCUAGAGGAUUUCCUUGAAAGCUGUCGGGCAAGUACACUCCUUGCUGAGUUGACAGAUGAUGAACUGCCAGAUCCUGAUGAUGAUGAAAAUGAUGAUGAUGACAAUGAUGACGAUGAUGAUGACUAUGAGGAGGAAGAGGAGUGCUAUGAAGUCAGUAUUUCCUCGUUCCGUCAGGUCCGUAACGGCAAGAGAAGAGGAUGGGAUGAUGAGUUUGUCAUAAAGAGACAAUUCCCAGCUCUCAUUCCAGCCUUUGACCCUCGUCCAGGACGUACUAAUGUAAACCAGACGCAAGAUCUGGAGAUUCCAGCCCCAGGCACAGAGGACCACUUAUGCGAUGCGCCAACAGAGGUGGUAAGUGGCCCUCGACUCAGUCUCACUCUGCGGGGACCUAAUCUCCCUGGGAUACCAGAAGUCGAUGUGCCCAUUACUAAGAGUUCUUCAACCAUCUUUAGUGUUGUGCAGACCUUAGUGAACAAUGCCAAUUUCCCUUCACGUCAGGAGAGAUUGAGACGGAUUUGGGAGCCGACGUACACUCUUGUCUAUGGUGAGGCUCGUGAAGAUGAGGGCACAGAAGGAGAAACCUCUGGCCACCAAUCCUUCCAGCGUCGCAGUUCCCGAACCAAUAUCCUCACUGAAGCUGCUGGCUCGACACACCCCGGCAGCACAAGCACUACUGCCACUGGGGAUCCUUCAGUGGAGGAUGUGCUACAACUGCUACGUCAGUUAUUUAUUUUAGGACAGGAUAGUGCUGCAGCAGAAAAAACAGAUUCACCAAUGGAUACAUUAGGAGUGAGGUGUGAAGAGUUUGAAUCCAAGAAAGUUGGAAAUAAGCUAGUCCAGCAGGUGGGAGAGGCUGUUGUCCUGGCCUGUGGUGCACUUCCAUCGUGGUGCGAAGACUUGACCUAUGCCACUCCCAUGCUGUUUCCCUUUGACACUAGACACCUUUACUUCAACUGCACUGCAUUUGGUCCAGAGAGGUCCUUGGUGUGGCUCCAAAGUCAGCGUGACGUUAGUGUCGAACGUCGUGGAGGCUUGAGACGAGAUGACCCACAUGAAUACAGGGUGGGACGGCUCAAGCACGAGAGGGUCACUGUUCCUCGUGGCCCCAAUCUGUUGCAGUGGGCUCAGCAGGUCAUGCAUAUUCAUGCAGCACGCAAAUCUAUUCUUGAGGUUGAAUUCCGUGAAGAGGAAGGCACUGGCUUGGGCCCCACUUUGGAAUUCUAUGCACUGGUGGCAGGAGAGCUACAGCGUGCUGACCUUGGAAUGUGGCUGUGUGAUGACCAGACUGCAGACCCCAUCACCCCCCCAGCUCUUGAUGGAGGUAAUGGGAAUGGGGAUUCUCAGGCCAGACCUCCAGGAUAUUACAUCCGUCGCCAGGGAGGCCUCUUCCCUGCUCCCCUUCCUCAGGAUAGCUCUGUUUGUGACAAAGCUGUUGAAUUAUUCACCUUCUUGGGAAUAUUCCUUGCCAAGACUUUGCAGGAUAACAGACUUGUGGACUUGCCGUUGUCUCGUCCUUUCCUCAAACUCAUGUGCCAUGGUGAGUUUGCCAAUGUGAAGGACAGAGGCAUUGCUGGAAGCGCUAUCAAGCCUCGUGGAGGAUUGUCUUCUCUGCCUGCAGAGGAGGAUCUCAUGACCUCAUCUAUCAUUAGCGAGGAGAGCGAGAAGGAGUUGGAAUUAGACCCUCCCAAGUAUCGCAUCACAGAUACUCAACCCUGGUUUACAGGGCUGCUUACCUUAGAGGACUUGUGUGAAGUGGAUGAAGAACGGGGAGGAUUCUUGCAGCAACUCAAAUCCCUCGUUGCCAUCAAGCAGCAGAUUGUUAAUGAUACAUCCAUCACAGAGGAGGAUCGGCGCCUCCAGCUCCACAACCUGGCCCUUCCAUUGCCAAGCAGCAGCCAGGGAGCAGGGCCUCCAGCAGUCAGACUAGAGGACCUGUGUCUUACUAUGCAGUAUGCUGCUCCUUCACGCCACUUGGGUUACACUUCCAUUGAGCUCAGGUCAGGAGGAUCUGACCAGGAGGUGACCCUAGACAAUGUGGAGGAUUAUCUUGAUCUUACCUUGAACUGGGCUCUGGAGAGUGGCAUUAGAAGGCAGUUGGAAGCUUUCCGGGCGGGAUUCUGCCAGGUGUUCCCUCUAAAGAAACUCGGUGCAUUUAGUCCAGAUGAAUUAAGGCUGAUGUUGUGUGGUGACCAGGCACCCAUGUGGACACGUGAGGAUAUCCUGGCUUACACAGAACCCAAGCUAGGAUACACAAGAGACUCCCCAGGAUUCUUGAGACUGGUGAAUAUUCUUGUAGGACUUACAGCAGAGGAACGUAAAGCUUUCUUGCAGUUUACAACAGGAUGUUCCUCAUUGCCUCCUGGUGGCCUGGCCAAUCUACAUCCUCGCUUGACUGUGGUUCGCAAGGUUGAUGCUGGUGAUGGCUCCUACCCGUCCGUUAAUACAUGUGUCCAUUACCUGAAGUUACCAGAUUACUCUUCGGAAAAUAUAAUGAAGGAAAGGCUCCUUGCAGCCACUCGUGAGAAGGGCUUCCAUCUCAACUAAAUAAUGAUAAAGACUUUAUGCUCAGGUGAUUGCAUUAAGAGAAUAAUAAUUCAAUAGAUUUUAUGAAGAAAAAUAAAAUUCUUUUAUUCAUGGACAAAAUCAUCAUAUUGAUGGACAAAAAAUAAAUAGUGCAUAUAUAUCAGGGCCAAAUUUCAAGGAAUGGGAGAAAUUGUUCAACAUUUCUGGACUAUUUGCAUCAGUAAUUUGCAGACCAAAAUUGGUGAUGAGUGAAAACUUUCGUGAGAAAAAAUGUUAAUAUUGUUCCCUUGUGGCUGGUAAAAAAAUGAAAGUGAACAAGUGAUAUGACUUUCUUAUAAAUAUAAAGGACUUGCUUGGAAUUUUGAGUGUGGCAUAAUCGCUGCCAAGGGCUCAGUAAUUACACAUACUUACUUGACUGUCUUACUGAGAAAAAAAAAAGAUGAAAACCCACAGAACCAGUUGUCAACUAUCAAACCAAGGAAACUCAACAUUCUGGAAUUCAAGAAUGUGUCUGCAUUCUGAAGUCUGAGAGAUGAAUUUGCACAGUGUUAAAUGUCAUGUUAAAUGUUCCCUGGUGGAGCAGAGCACAUCUUGCUAGCUGUUAUCAUUGACAUAAACAGACUUCGUAUACCACCUGGACCACCCUAUACAUCGGAAUCAUUCACCUUGUUAGUCAGCCCCCAUUUGAUCAAGGAUGAAAAAUUUGGUAUGUUGUACAUUUGGGUGUGAUGUGUGUGAAUGCUUUGCGGAAACCUCGGCCAGAGUAAUAUUGCACAAAUGUUUUCAUGCCAUGUGAAUGUGAUGCAUUAGACUUACAACCCUCAUGUUCUGACAGGUAUUGAUACCAUGCAGGCUGACAAUGGCCAGUUGUUGUUUUAUGUUGUCACCAUUAGCUUACGUCUCUCUGUGAUACUGAUGUUGAAGGCAUUGCAUAGGCAGCAAAUUGUAAAUAGAGAUGUACAUCACAAAUAUGCCACUGUAACAGUGAUGUGUCUUUAAGUAGCAACUAAGCAUCCAUGAUACUGAGGAAAAAAAUAUUUAAAAAGGGGGAUGAUAUUGUUGAUUAGGUGGUUGUGUGGUGGAGUAGCAUCUUGUUGUGGUUAUGUUAGUGUCAGCUGUUCUCACCUUGGCUUGUUAGGAAGGAUCUCAUGAGAAAGUAAGCAUGAUUAAACAUUCACAGUAGCUGAUGCUUGUAUGUGCAUUUUUGAUAUAUGAAAGAAGCAACCCAGGCAUAUCUUCUCUCGUAAGUAAUACUUGAUCCCUGGCAUUUUGUGUCAAAAUGUACUGGGUUUUUUGGCUGCCUGGACAAGUCAGCACUCUUAUGUGGUUACACCAAUGAUAGGCAAAUUUCUUUCACCUAUAGCCUCAAGCAGUGUAGUGUAUUAUGUUUUUAUUUGAGUCAUUUACUAGCAUUUUGGGUAUUUAAUUUGAGCUUUGUGCACAACUUUGUAACAGGGCUCCUCUCUUUUUUUACGUUGUCACUAGUACAGGCUGACAGUUAUUGACGUUUAUGCAGAUUGUCACAUCAUAGUCAUGCUCUGUGUUGUGCCUUAUUAUUUCCUGUUCUUUUGUUGUCAAGACUUUUCUAUUUCAUGAUUUGGUGUACUGAAUUUUUUAUUCUGCUGUAUUGUAGAUAGUAAAAGUAUUGCAAAUGUUUUUCUGUUGAUAUAUUUGGAUAUGAAGUUUGUGCAGUGAGGUUUUGAGAGAACUUUGAAGGGGAAGAAAAAAAAAUCUAAAAGUCUAUAAAAAAAAGUUUAUCUAAGUCAUUACACAGAAAUUAUGAUUGACCGUAUCACUUCAUGAAUAUAUUAUUUCUGCGGAAAUGUAGACGUGAAGUUGAACGCAUUCUUUCUGAAGAUGGGACAAUGAACAGUAGAAAAUAUAGGGAUUUGGCCAACAAUUCAUGCUCAUAUAUGAGUACAUUAUUGCUAUGAGUCGGGCAAUGAGCUCAUAAUCUCAGAAACAUUGCUCCCGCUGUAGUUUGAUUUUCAUGUAUAUGUCGAAGCAAGCUUGUGUGUUAGAAUGCAUGAGAAAGAGUUUAGAAUUAUAUUUUUGACAUAUUACUAGAUUAUCUGUUUAGUUCCCUUCCACAUGUUUCUUUUUUUUUUUUUCUCCAGCAAUAUUAGUGCUCAUAGUUGGAGCAGAUAUUAAAAGGUUGGCUGUUCAAAAUGCCCUAUCAAACUGUACUCUAGAAUGAGUGAAUUAGCUCUGAAUCGUGAUAUUGGUUGGUGCAGCCUUACAUUUGAAAAGCUGAGUUAUGUUAUGCCAGUCUGUUGAUGCAUAAUGCACGACAGGCACUAUCCAUUAAACUAUGUCUAGGUUCAAAGUGCCUGUACAUUGUAAUGAUGUACUUAUGGUGGAUCUGUAAUGCUGCAUAUAUAUAGAUAUAUAUAUAUAUCUGUGAAAAGAAUAUAAAAAAAAUAAAUAAAAAAAGUUCUACAUACAGUA